AUGGCUCGGAAACCCUCAAGCGCGACUACGACAUCGAGUUCAAUAACUGAGGAACCCAUUGCACCUGGAUUCUUAUUAAAGUACCUCAAUCCUGCCCAGCUAAAGGCUGUCCAGCAUGAGGCUUCAAUCCCUUUGCAGAUCCUGGCAGGUCCUGGGAGCGGGAAAACGAAGGUCCUGACAUCUAGAAUUGCCUAUCUAAUCCUUGUCCACGGCGUACCUCCGGCUGCCCUGUGCGCUGUUACAUUCACUAACAAAGCCGCGAACGAGAUGCGUUCGCGGUUAUGUAAGUUAAUCGGCAAUGAGAAGACGACGAUGUUGAAACUGGGAACGUUCCACUCAAUCUGCGCAAGGUUUCUCCGCAUGUACUCGUCUGCGGUUGGCCUCAUAGACAACUUCACAAUAUGUGAUGCUGAGGAGAGCAAGAAACUGAUAAUAUCCUUGAUGAAGCCCUACAAGGACUAUAUGGUUAAGCAUAAUAUACUUUUAACGGAGGGAUCCGCUGCCGUAGGCAUUUCAAAGGCCAAAGCCAAAGGCAAAACUGCUGCAGUGGUUCUAAAGGAAGCGGAAGAGAAGGACUUGAAGCGAAGACGGGAGUACCCUGUGAGACGAGAAGAGGACGUGAAGAGUAUUGAUCGGAUAUUGGCGGAAGUCUAUGUGGGCUAUGAAAAGAUCCUUCAAGACAAUAAUGCACUUGAUUUCGAUGAUCUACUCAUCUACGGCGUGCGCUUAUGUACCCAACACCAAGAAUCUGUUUUGUGGUGCAAGCACAUUCUGGUUGAUGAAUUCCAGGACACAAAUACCAUGCAAUAUGAACUCAUGAAAGCUAUUGGAAUCAGACAUUGCCUUACAGUUGUUGGAGACCCUGAUCAAUCGAUCUACGGGUGGCGCUCAGCUGAGGUUGGAAAUUUGGGUCAGAUGAGAGAAGACUUUCCCGGCACACAGCAAAUAUUCCUGGAGCAGAACUAUCGUUCUACUGCUGCCAUUCUUCGUUCGUGCCUCGCCAUCGUUUCCGAAGACACAAAUCGCAUCGCCAAAUCUCUCCACACGACACAUCCACUCGGAACAACUCCAUUUCUAUGCUCUUUCGGGGACGAGAAGGAAGAGGCAGGUUUCAUUGCCGCCGAAAUCAAGCGAUGUGUCGCCAAUAUGGGAGGCGUGUUGAAGUGGGGUGACUUCGUAAUUCUCAUGCGCUUCAACGCUCUUUCACGCCCUAUCGAGAGCGCUCUGCAAAAGGAAGGCAUACCUUGCAGAAUUCUCGGUGGCCAUAAGUUCUUUGAACGAAUGGAGAUCAAAGAUCUCCUCGCCUACCUCCAGCUUAUCGAUAAUCCAAGCUUCAAUCCCGCGUUUCUUCGAGUUGUUAAAAUACCCCCACGAGGAAUAGGCGACAGGUCAAUCGAAGAAAUCGCAGCCCAAGCUUCGAAGCUGAAGAUUUCGCAAUUGGAACUCGUCGAAAGGAUCCACGAUGGCAAAGUUCCAGAUAUUAAACCCCCGAUUAAACGAAAACUGGUUUCGUUUGUCAAGGCAAUUCGCGCCCUACGAGCCCUAGACGAAGAGAACACUCUCCCUUCGGAAAUGAUUAGAAAAUUGCUUGACUUGAUCAAUUAUGAAGACUACUUGAAAAAGUCGCAGCAAGAUUGGGAGAGCAGAUGGGAGAACGUGAAGGAACUCAUCACAUUCGCCAGCGAGGUGGAAACUGAAGGACCAAAGCACGAUUUCUCAGUUAUUGAUGCCGACGGAAAUCCAAUCGGCCCAGCCGAAGAACAGACAAUUCUUCGGCAAUUCUUGCAGUCAUCUAUGCUUUCCACAGAGGGAGACAAUGAGACUGAAGACGAAAGUAAAGAUAAAGUCACACUAUCGACGUGCCAUUCAGCGAAAGGUUUAGAAUGGCCAGUGGUUAUAAUUCCGUCAGUUGACAACGACACCUUUCCUUUCUACCGAACAGAAGACAUUGACGAAGAACGACGUCUUUUAUAUGUGGCAUGUACUCGAGCUCAGACCCUCCUUUAUCUUCUUUAUUCCGACAAGAGGCAAGUUGCUGGCAAGACAAAGAACAAAGGUCUCUCCGAAUUCGUUGAUGAUGUGAAGCAAAAGGACGACACGUUGUUCACCCACGACGUGCCGCUUUUUGCUCCUGAGAGCCGGGCAGUGAUUUCCAAAGUUCUGGAAAGGCCACUUCCAGAGGAAGCUGAAAUCAAACGUCGAUUGGCGGAGCUCGACUACGAAGGCGACCGUGUCCGACCGUUCUUCCAAACGUCUAACGGAUUUGUGUCCACCGUCUCCCUAGCUGGCACAAAAAGAUCCAUUAUGAACGUACCUCUUAACCCAGUAAACGCAAGCGCCAUAUAUGCUGCUCCAGACGCCCUUGCUACUAUUUCUGCUACAUUCAUGAAAGAUUACAACAAAAAAGUACCAUUCAGCAAAUCCAAGCGAUACGCCAAACCUUCAGCCUCUCUGAAUAAUUCAUUUGCAACAGCAGCUGCCCUGCAUCCAGCCUCAAUGGGUCUGUUGCAGCAUAUAGACGUCUUCACUGCCUUCGAUGCCGAUAGAAGUGCCCAUCCACAAGGACAUAAUCCUGAAUCCUCGAGGCCAGGGCCUCGGGACAUUUUCCAACCCCCAUGUCAAACCCUUGCUCAUUGGAGUAUGCCCCGUUCCCAACCUUCCUUUUCGACUAAUGCUACUGUCGUCUCUGCCCCAGCUCAUCCGCAGAACCGCACGUUCCAUUUACACCCUUCUCUUACAAGUUCGGCUCCUCUUGCAUCGGGUUCGGUCGCUUCAAAUGUCGUGAAGCGGAAGGUUGAACUGACCGCAGGCAACUCUCAACAAGCCUCCGCCAAAAUGCAAUCUACUGGACCGUUCCUACAUCCUCAUUACGACCAAAAUCGUCUGCCUGGCGAAUGCAGUUCCAGACCGUCUGCUCGUGUUGCCUCAAAGCCGCCAAAAAUACAGAGAACCAUCCCACCCACACCAUCUUACGAAACGCCGUCCGUUUCAGUGAUUUCGUCUACCAUGGCCUCAUCACCGCCGAGGGCAUCACAUUACACUCGCCCUUGUCCCGUCUCCGACCUUCCAAGUCUGCAAAGCCUUCCGCGGAUACAACCUUCGAAUUCUCCCCAGACUAACUCUCUAUCUGCACCUCAGACAGUGGGCGUGAAACGGCGAUUAGGAAUGGGCCGCACUACUACUGGGUAUUCUAACAAGAAAUUCAAACCCCCAUUAUGA